UACAAAUAAUUAAAAGUUUCAAAAAUUCAAAAUAAAUAAAUCUCUCUUGUGAUCUUGCUUUAGAAUUGAAAAAUCCUUAAUUAAUAAAAUUGGAAGCAAGCUUGUUUAUUAACUAAAUUAAAAUUUUGAGAAAUAGGUAGUAGGUGUCCUAUUUUGUAAAGGGAAAAAAUUCAUAUUUACAAAAAAAGGGAAAAAUUCAUAAUUACGAGAAAAAGAAGAAUCUCCAGGAUUUCAGGAAAAAACGGUCAUCUUACGCCGUGGAAAGGCAAAGCCGCCAAUGGAGAAAAUAUGAAGUCGAGGGUUUUGCACUCGCCGAAUUGGCCCUUUCGAGAGAGGGUCCGUACCCCUCUCUCUUUUUCAUCUAAUUUGAACACUCAGUCCCCACUGCCCCAAAUGGAGAAAACACGAGAAAUUGCGGUCUCCCAGAUGAGGAAAUCAGUUGAGAAGCUUGGUUCAUCAACUGAGAGUUAUGGGGAUACAUCACUUAUGAGAUUCUUGAUUGCGAGGUCAAUGGACCCAGAGAAGGCAGCAAAGAUGUUUGUGCAGUGGCAGAAAUGGAGGGCUGAGUUUGUUCCCAAUGGGUUUAUACCAGACUCUGAAGUUCAAGAUGAACUGGAAACAAGGAAAAUAUAUUUGCAGAGUUUAACGAAAGAGGGAUAUCCAGUGUUGAUUGUCAAAGCAAGCAAGCAUUUUCCUGCAAAGGAUCAACUACAAUUCAAGAAGUUCGUGGUUCAUUUACUAGACAAAACGAUUGCAAGCUCAUUCAAAGGAAGAGAAAUAGGAAAUGAGAAGUUGAUUGGCAUUCUCGAUCUGCAGCAAAUUACAUAUAGGAACAUUGAUGCACGUGGUUUAAUCACCGGUUUUCAAUUUUUGCAGGCUUACUAUCCUGAGCGAUUAGCAAAGCUCUACAUUUUGCACAUGCCACGAUUCUUUGUUAGUGUUUGGAGGAUGGUCUCUCGCUUCCUUGAGAAAGCAACAAUGGAAAAGAUUGUUAUAGUGAGCAAUGAAGAAGAAAGAACAAAUUUUAUAAAGGAAAUUGGCGAAGAAUCUUUGCCUGAGGAGUAUGGUGGUCAAGCAAUGCUUGUGGCUCUCCAGGAUGUUACACUACCUCAGUUGGAGGUUUGAACUCGGAAAUAGAUUAACAAGGUGGCUGCUAGUGCAGACACAAUUUUAGAAGUUAUAUGCAUUAUAUGCUACUGUCAGCAAGAGGUGUUGGCUAAUUCCAAUUCACAUGCAUGUUAAUCAAUGUUGACUACUUAUAUAAUCUACUGCUCUGUUCCAUUGUCAUUGACACUAAUGGAAAGUUUCUUCAUGAUAAAAUGGUCUCAAUUGAUUCAUUUUAUAUACCUGGACAUUGCAGAAACUGAUUUUGCCAUUGACAAUCUGUCUUGGCUGAACUAUGGUUGCAGUAUAGAAUGAGAUGUCAGGAUUUGAACUUUUGA